UCUCUCUUCCUCAGGGAUCACCGAGCUCGAGUUUCCUGCUCUCCCUUCAGCAGCUUUUGGACUCUGGAAUAUUUCCUUCUGUAAAAACGUCGGAUUUGUUUUUAAUUCUUCAUUUCCGUGCAGCAGAAGGCUGUAGUUUAUGAUUAAAUCUUAUAAUAAUAAUAAUCAGCGGCUGUCUGCAGAUCGGGUCGCUUUUUAGAACCUGAAAUAGUUACAGAGGAACAGGAGGAGGAGGAGGAGGAGGAAGAGGAAGAGGAGGUGAAGCACCUGUCUCCUGCACAUUGUUUUCUUCGGUGUCUUUAGUCCAGCACUGGAGCAGGACGUAGCUGCGCAGGCUUCGGGGUUAAAGGUCUUUUGGGAGGGUCCACUGAGACGCUGGGAUUAAAAAACAUGGCCGAGUGGAUUAACUGAGCCGAGAGACGUGGGUGGAGGCGAUGACGAUGAUGAUGAUGAUGAAGGUUGACGGCGCUCUACAGAAGGAGAUGGACGAGAGGAAUCUGCGCCCUCGGCUCUGCUACCUGACCAAAGGCGAGCGCGGUUACGGGUUCCACCUGCAUGGGGAGCGAGGCAGCGGGGCGCAGUUCAUCCGCAGGAUCGAGGCGGGGUCUCCGGCAGAGCUGGCAGGACUGCGCUCGGGGGACCGAGUGGUGGAGGUGAACGGAGAGAACGUGGAGAAGGAAUCGCACCAUCAGGUGGUUCAGAAGAUCAUGGAGGUGGAGAACAGGACGAGGCUCUUGGUGGUGGAUCGAGAGACGGACGAGUUUCUGCUCCUCCACUCUCUGCCCUGCACUGAGGACCUGGCGGUGGAGAUGAGCUGCCUCUCCUCGCCUCGAGCCUCCUCAUCUUCCCUCGCUUCUUCCACCCUGAGCUUCACCUCCUCGCUGCGAGACUCUCUCACUCCGUCGCCAUCAGACUCCAUCGCUUUAUCGCCGCGAGACUUCGCCACUCACUCGCUCUCGGGCACCGUUACUUCACUGAUGCUUCCCCAAUCCACCACUUCAUCACCGCCUGGCUCCAGCGACCCAUUACCUAGCGACUCCAUCAUUCUAUCACCACAAAACUCCACUCCAUCACCUGAAGACUCCAUUAAUCAAUCCCCUUAUGACUCCAUUACCCAAUCCCCAAUUAACCCCAUCACUGAAUCACCAUCUAAACCCAUUACUCAGUCCCCCAACAACUUAGAUACUCAAUCACUGACUAACCCCAUCACUCAAUCCCCCUAUGACUCCAUUACUCAUCCCCCAUCUGACACCAUUACCACUCCUUUCAGCAGAGAGAAAUCAGAUGAGACCCAUGUAAUGGACGACACCGGCACCACCGACAACCAGCAGAGGUCAGGAUCAGAGGACACAGUGAUGCGUGACCUGAGGCCGCGGCUGUGUCACAUUGUGAAGGACGAGCAGGGGUUCGGAUUUAACCUGCACUGUGAUAAGCAGCGUGUGGGUCAGUUCAUCCGCUCGGUCGACCCAGACUCACCCGCUCACAGAGCCGGACUACAGCCUGGAGACAGACUCGUCCAGGUGAACGGCAGAAAUAUCGAGGGUCUGAGGCACUCGGAGGUGGUGCAGAUAAUCCGAGGAGGAGGAGAACAUGCCAGGCUGUUGGUGGUGGAUCCGGAAACGGACGAGCUGUUCAAGAAACUGGACAUCACUCCGACUCCGGCGCACCUCAACGAGGAUUGUGUGGACGGUCCACUCGUAGAUGCACCAGCCUCAACCUGUCCACUGAAAGGCAGCUCAGCGUCUCCUCCGGUAAUCCACAGCGCCUCGCCGAGCCAACCGCCAAUCACGGACCUCGAUGUGAUAAAGCCACCAAUCAGAAACGAGUCUCUGAAGCAGCAGAGUCAUGGUGUCUCCUCCAGGUCCAUCACUUCAGAGACCAGCGUGAUGACGGAGUGUAACAGCGCCCCCGGUGUGCAGGAGGUGAAGCUGGGAAAGGAUCUGGACCCUCUGUGGGAGAGCGGCCUGCGUCUGAGCCCCACGGCGGCCGAGGCCAGGCAGAAGGUCAGCUCGAAGAAGGCCAACAAGAGAGCGCCCCCUAUGGCCUGGAACAAGAAAUACGAGAUCUUCUGCAACUUCUGAGAUGUUCAGCUAAAAAAUAACAGAACCAGGAUGGAAACUUUAACCUCCGGACAUCGGGGAUGAGGAAAAAUACCAGAAUCAUCCUGUUUCAGCUUCCUAAAAACACAGACAUGUCAAGAAAAACCCAGGAUCUUCAUGCCAUGCCACUGCGGUUACACAACUCAGGAAGGGUGAAGAGAGACAGAAAGAGAUGAGCAGCUGAUGGAUGGAGAGAGUGAAGGUGAAGAAGUGAAAGUUAAAAGCUGAGGUUGGACAGUGAAGGUGAAGGAAUGUGAAUGAAAGAGAAAAAGAUGAAUCAUUUAACAGAAUAGUUUAUAGAGAGAGAGAGAGAGAGAGAGAGAGAGUGACCAGCAUGUAUUCACUAGAAAUUUACACAGGAAAUCCAUAUUCUCCUGUCAUUCCUGUCUCUGUUUCCUUCCUGUUUGCUAAAAACAUGAAAAGUCGGAAAAGAAGAUUUUAUUAGACAUUUUAUUAGAGAGCAAUAGAAAUAAACUGAUCCUUUUAGAAGGCACUGGAUCGCUUUCUGCUGCUAAAGAUGCUAUUUUCAACAAACUACACUAAACAGUAUCAGGGACACAACCCCAGCAUUCCGGCUUUAUUUACAUCCAACAUUCAUGGAUUAUUUGUAAUCAGAUCAGUUAAAUAAUUCGAAAUGAGUGAAUGAAACAAAAAACCGUUACUUUUGUACGUACAGACGACGCUAAAAUCUGUAGCGAAAAAACGCCACUCAAACUUCUCUCCCUGUCUCAACAACUCUUACCUGUGUUUAAAUUAAUCGCUUUAUUGUAAUAUAUAUUAAUAUAUUUUCAAAUGAAUGUUAGCUUUAUCUGUCCUUUAAACUAAAUCUAGCAAACAACUUGGGCUAAAAAAAAUUCAAAAAUGACUGCCUAAUGAUUCACAUUGUCUGACUCAUGAUUCAAAAUAGCUGUCCAAUGAUUCAAAAUGGCUCAUGAUUUAAAAAGGUUUACUCAUGAUUCAAAAAUGGCUCAUGAUUCAAAAAUCUGACUCAUGAUUCAAAAAUGGCUGCCUAAUGAUUCAAAAUGUCUGACUCAUGAUUCAAAAUAGCUGUCCAAUGAUUCAAAAUGGCUCAUGAUUCAAAAUGUCUGACUCAUGAUUCAAAAAUGGCUGCCUAAUGAUUCAAAAUGUCUGACUCAUGAUUCAAAAUAGCUGUCCAAUGAUUCAAAAUGCCUCAUGAUUCAAAAAUGGCUGCCUAGUGAUUCAAAAUGUCUGACGCAUGAUUCAAAAUAGCUGUCCAAUGAUUCAAAAUGGCUCAUGAUUCAAAAAUGGCUGCCUAAUGAUUCAAAAUGGCUCAUGAUUCAAAAAUGGCUGCCCAAUGAUUCAAAAUGGCUCAUGAUUCAAAAUGUCUGACUCAUGAUUCAAAAUGGCUGCCUAAUGAGUCAAAAUGUCUGACUCAUGAUUCAAAAAUGGCUGCCUAAUGAUUCAAAAUGGCUCAUGAUUCAAAAUGUCUGACUCAUGAUUCAGCAUGACUGCCUAACGAUUCAAAAUAGCUCCCUAAUGACACACAUGUUCAAAGAUAACCCUCAUUAAACACAUGUUUAAUAAUCGUGUACUUUUCCUCUUGAAUCAGCUUCACGUCUCCGUCGCUUCAAACACGAUCUCCAGGAGGAAGCUGGAGCAAACCGUAACCGCUGCCUCGCCUUUUCUGACCGGACCUUUAUUUUAUUAUUCCUCCUUUAUUUUAUCACCUAAUCGAAAACAUAUAUAUAUAUAUAUAUGAAAUGUUUAGGAACGACUAAUACCUUAACGUUUCUUUAUUUAGAUUUUAGAUACUAAUUUAUUAAGCAUUUGAUUCGUUUUGUGAAAAUUUUAUACUGGACUUUUUUGUCGUAGGUUUUGGAUUUUAUAUUGUGAGACUUUCAGAAACAUCUCAGGAUUUCAGCGUGAACUGUGAAACGACGGCAUGCUAACAGGCUACACGGUAAUAUGUAUCACAAUAUUCCAAACACAAAUCACUGAUCAUGAUUAGCAUGACAUGAGUUAGCGCUAACAGGUUUCUGAGCUAAGUUUAAGCCUGUGCUGUAACGACGAGGCAGAAAACCGUUCAGUCUUUCUCUUUCCUUUUCCUUUUCUACACCUGAUUCAGAAAUAUUUCAUAGAUAAGAUUAUCUUUCCUGUGACGCGUGCAGUAGGCUUUUUCGUUUUUAAACCAAUGUUCCUACAAAUAUUUUCUUCAUGCUAUUAUAAAAUUUACAGAAUGUUUUAUAAACUAAAUAAAUAAAGAUAUAUAUAUAUUCUAAA